AUGUCUUCUUCAUCAUCUAGUAGUUGUACCAGUGGCCAACUCAACGUAGACAAUCCUGUUUGCUUCUGUGGAUUAAAGGCUUCUCAGAGAACAUCACUAACAUUCGAUAAUCCAGGAAGACGAUUUUAUGGCUGCAUAAACUACAAGAGAAAUAGUUGUGAUUUUUUUCGUUGGCGUGAUCCAGAGAUAUGUGAGCGAGGAAAGGAAUACAUCAUCGAACUCCUCGAACAAAUUGGACAUUUGAAGAAGAAAGUAAUAGCAUUGGAAAAUGAGAUAUCAACAACUCCUGAAGACAACUAUACUCUUAGAAAGAAGUUGACAAAUAUUGAAAAUUCAAGGAUGGCACUUCGAGAGGAAAUGGAUAGGCUAAUUGCAAAAAUUACUUUGGUACUAGCAAUUCAGCAAUCUGCUGAUUGUUAG